AUGGCAGAAGAACACUUGCCAGAGCAAGUUGCAGAGGACCCGGCCUCCGAUGUGCCAGAGACCAUGGGGUGCAUACAUUCAACAGAGUCCAUGUCGGCGGUUGAUGGGCCCGGACUGCGGUUCAUGGUCUUCCUGCAGGGCUGCAUCGCCAGAUGCCAAUUCUGCUCAAACCCGGACACAUGGGAGUUUCAUGCUGGCGAGCACGUCUCCUCCAAGAAAAUCGCGUCCAGGAUGGCGCGCAGCCUGGCCUACAUGCGCGCCUCCGGCGGCGGCCUGACCUGCUCGGGGGGCGAGCCCCUCAUGCAGCCCCACUUCGUGGAGGCCCUCUUCCGCGAGGCGCAUGCCCUGGGCCUCAACACCGUGCUCGACACCAACGGCCAGGGCUGCCCGGGCGCCCACUGGGACUGCGUGCUGCCGCACACCGACCUGGCGCUGGUGUGUGUGAAGCACCUGGACCCGGACAGGUACAGGGAGCUAGUGGGGGGGACGGCCCAGCCGGCCAGCGUGCUGCACUUCAUCGAGGAGCUCAACCGUCGGAACGUGCCGUUCUGGAUACGCUACGUGCUGAUUCCCG